CAACAUGCUUCUGAGAACUACUCUUCUGGUUGGUGGAUUUGUCCUCCGGUUUAUCGAGUUUUUCUUGUUCAGAUUGAUGGACCUGUACGACAAAUUGCUGUACUCCCCUCUGCAGACGUCACUUUUACCAGUCGUCUCCAAAAUUCCAAGAGCACUGGUUAUAGGAAAUAAGACUUACACAAUAUUCACAGCUAAUAUCGUUUCCUACACCAGAACCUUCUUGGUGAUACCCAUUGCUAUCUGUCUAAAGUACCAAUGCCACAUGACAGGUUUUCUGUUAGUUGUUCUCCACGACUUCUUGGAUCACGUGGAUGGAAUCGUAGCCAAGGCUCAUCGUCAGAUGUUUGGACAGGUUGAUGAUCCAUUGCUUGGAGGAUUCAUGGAUGCCUUUUGCGACAAGAUUGUGAACGUCUUUGCUCUCUGGUCAGUACUUAUGGUUACAGAAUUUGGUACAUUCUCCAUCUUUGAAUCCUUUAUAUAUGUUGGAGCUUGUGGAAUCAUUAUAUUCUAUGAGUUCAUUCUUGGUGUGGUGCGGGUACAGGACUAUUUCAGAGCAUACUACGAGAGAUUGUAUGGUAGAUCAGAUGAUAAAAUGUCCAAAAGCAGUACAGCCGCUGUAAUGGAAGGGAAACUGAAGGAAAAACUGGAAUCCACGGGAAUUGCAUGUCUCUGUCUGGCUCAGGCAAAUGCUUGUGCUGCCUCCUCCAUAUCUGGAAUAAUAGGAAUUCUGUGUUUGCUCCUGUCUGUUCGUUUGGCCCAUGCAAGUCUUCAAAACAAGCUACUUGCUAGGUCAGCAGCAAAGAAGAACGAAAUGGCUGAAGAAACAACAGUCCCUGAGGGGAAAAUCAAAACAGAUCUAGAAAAACAAGAAGACAUUGUUUCUGAAUACAAACCAAUACCAAGGCAGUCGUCUGCUCUUGAUCUUUCUGGAGAGCCGGAAAAGGAUUCCAAGCUUCCGUACGAUGAUCCAAAGACGAAAAAGGACGACAUCAAUAGAAUGCGGAUCGAGUCAAGCAGUGGGUCAGAGAGUACUGAAAUAGAAGAAGAUGGUAAACAAUUUAAACGGUUGAGCAGACGGCGAUCUUUCAUAGCAAAAUCUCUGGACGACCGCGUGGAUAGAGUCUACACUGUUGGUUGUUUUGACCUCUUCCAUCGAGGGCAUGUUCGUUUGCUCCAGAGAAUGAGGAGGCUUGGAAAAGAGGUGAUAGUGGGAGUUCACGACAGUAGAAGCAUUCUGAAACUGAAGUCCAAAAUCCCAAUUGACAGCACUGAAACUCGAAUGACCAAUGUUAACAAAUAUGCAGAUGUAGUAUUUUGUGUAGCUGGAACAGACCCUACUCCAUUUUUGGAAUGCAUCGCCAACACCAGCUCAGAUUUGACCAGAAUGUAUGUACGCGGUGAUGAUAUGCAGAAUUUUCCCGCACGCCAACUCGCUGAACGAAUAAUGACCAUCAAAUUCUUGCCCUACUCACAAGGCGUGUCAUCGACUAAACUCCGUAAAGAGCAGUACAACUCCUCUAGAUUUGGCCCUCAUAUAAACGAUGAUGGACAUGCGAUGUUUUAUUGAGUUGCAUAAUUAACUUCCAUGUUUAUUUAUUAUCCAUGACAGCACAAUCAAUA